CAUUCACCAUUUUGUGACUGUAGUGGAAAAGGAGAGCGAUAGUUUUUUUUGUAUCCUUGUUUGAGUUUCUGCGGAGGGGAAAAGACAUGUUUUGUGCAGGAAAAGUAAAGUAGGAAGUAUUCAACGCCAACAGCAGAGGGAUGUUACUGGGAGUUGUACUAGUCUCCCCAUCGGGAAAAUAGGACCGUACAUCUUUCUGUGGCAAGAGGAAAAACGCUGUUUGAGAUUACAUUGUGGAAAGCACACAGAAAAUACACAGAAGAAAAGAAGAAGAGAGCAAAAUAUUAAAAAGAGUGCCUUAAAAACAUAAAAUCAUAUAAUCUGUAGCACUUCGAAAACGAGAUGGGACCGUUAAAGGCAAACAGAAGAAGAUCUCCACCAUUAACAAGAGGCAGAGGGGGGAAAAAAAGAGUUGGUUCUCAGCCCAUAAAAGAGAAAGACUCCAAAAGAGUCAAGAAGGAGACGCUUGUCAGAACCACACAGAACACUCCCAGCACUCCUUCCAAUCCCAAAUACACCCCGACACCCACAGAUGCCAACUCAGAUGACGAACUGAUCACAAACAGCAAUGCUAACACUGAGGAGGAGACUACUGACCGGAUUAAACCUGUGGUGUCAGACACAAGUGAUGGAAAGAAGGCAGAGGAAAAGACAGAAAAGGAAAAAAUGGUUACAAAUGGAAGCAGCAUUCCACCCACUGAUUCUGUAGUAUUGCUUACCUCUGCCCCAGCACCACUCUCCAAAGCUGCACCCCCACAAGCCACCAAUCACAGUCCCAGUUUAGGCUCAGUUUCCAGUAGGAAAACGGCCACAUUCAAAGCUCGCAUACCCAAGAAAAAAUACAUGUAUGAGCACUUUGCUAACCAUGCAAAUGUCACAAAUACUGUACCUACCUCCAGCCCUGCUCUCAUAUCAAACUGUUACUGCAAUAUCAACAGCAAAAACAGUGAAAGUCUGAAUGCUCUCAAUAAUCUUUUGAAGCGUAGUAACAAUAUUACUAACAGCAUUAAUAAAGGCACUAAUGUGAGCAUAAAUAGCAGUACUUCCAGUAACACUACAAGUGGUGAUACUAGUAUGAUUAGCAGUAGUAACAGUUGUGCUGGGAGCCAUAGUACUUAUAUAAAAAACAUUAGCAGAAGUAAUGAUUGCUCGGGUAAGCAGCCAUCAGUGUUAACAGUAGAAAGUAAAGCUAAAGAAGCAAAUCAUUUUGUUUCAGUGAAGGAUAAAACCCACAGGACGUCACAUUCCACAGAAAACAAUUCACUAAGUGGAGGAAAUGAAUUGCAGGGUCCCCCUAACUCAGCACGCUCUUCCUCUACUGAUACAGCUAGCGAGCACUCUUCUGACCUGGACGUGAUGGAGGCAACAGGACCAAAUGCUAAUAUUCAUAUUGUUGCUCCUUUCCAAAACUCACACCUGAAGGAGGUCAGUCUUUCAGAGGGACUAGCUGAAGCUCUGGCUAAAGGCAUGAAAAACCAGAGAGUGCUGGCUCGCCAAAUAAAAAGGAAAAUGGAGAGCGAUAUAAAGAAUGCCAGUGGUAAAGAUUCAUCCCUCCAAUCCUCUAUUUUUAGACCAGGGGUGGUGCGUAGAGUGAGUGGAGGUACUGUUGAAGUUCAACUCCAAGGAGAAGAAACCCUUGUUAAAUACCCCUUUUGUAGUGGGACCAUGGUGACACCAUCUGUAGAGGCUGAGAGCGCUGUAGACUUCAUCUUAGAUGCACCCCCACCUGGCACUUCUCCCGUGGCUAUUGGGACUCGAGUCUGUGUCCCGAUUGGUGAAGAGGAACAAAGUCCUCUGAUGUACAGACAGGGGGUUGUUGUUCAGGUGGACCCCCACCCUGGUGUCUCAUUUCCUUACCAGGUGCUCCUGAAUGAAAACAGAGAAACUCUGGGUGGAGAGUUGGUAGGAGAGAAAGACAAAGGCAAAGUAACAGGUCGGAUUGUCUGGGUGUCCCGACAGAGCCUGAGACUACUCACCCCUCCAUGGGAGGUCUCACAGUUAGACGGUGGGAGAGCAAAGGAGAGAGAGCUUGAGAGGGAACGGGAGGAGAGGGAGCGCAGGGAGGAGAUGGAGGUUGAGAGAGAAGUUUGCCAGUUAAGUAUUGGAAUGGGGGUGCUGGGAGGUGGAGCACGGUUGGGUCCUGGAUUUUCACAUAAGGGGGCUGCAGAAGGGCCCACCUCUGUAACUGUACAUCCACCUGCCAAUUCCUCCACUGUAAGCUCCAGUGUAGUGGCCAUCACAAGUCAUAGAUGUGAAAGCAAUUUGUCUGGCAGAGAAAGGCAGAAAGAGCCUAACAUACCAGAAGAAGAUGUUGAGGUAUCUCAUUUUAACAUGGGUCACUCUAUGAGUCCAAAAGCAAGUGCUGGAACCUCGCAGUACAGAAACAUUGUCUCCAAGCCUAGUAGUUAUGCUCCUACAUCCACUCACCUCUCAGUGGUGCGGGGGGUAGGACCACCUCAUCUUUCUACAAUAACCAGUCCUCUGCCAACCCCAUCCCCUGCCUUGCUCACCCCUGAAAUAAGCAACGCCACUUCAAACCUACCUCCAACCAAGACCACUCCCACCCAGACCCCUACUCCCACUUCUGGUGUGGGUUCCUCUCCAGCCUCCUCUCGUUCUAGGACUCCUCUCUCAUUGGCCCAGCAGAAAUACAAAAAAGGCGAUGUGGUAUGCACUCCCAAUGGCAUCCGUAAAAAGUUCAAUGGGAAGCAGUGGAGGAGGUUGUGCUCCAGGGAGGGCUGUAUGAAGGAGUCUCAGCGUCGAGGAUACUGCUCUAGACAUUUGUCCAUGAAAACCAAAGAAAUGGAAGCAGCAGGGGGAGAGAAGGUAGGGGGAGGCAGCAGCUCAGGGACGGUGACCCCUUCGGACCUUCGGGGGAGGGCAAGCAGUGAGUUUGAGUGGGACGACACUUCAAGAGAGAGCAGUGAGACCAGCAGCAGAGGAGACUCCAGACCACGCUUGGUCCUGCCUUCCCUCCUCCCUCAUGAACUGUCAUCAAGGUUUGAUUUAGAUGAGUGUGAGGCUGCCACCAUGCUUGUGUCGUUAGGAAGCUCCCGCUCUGGCACUCCCUCCUUCUCCCCUACCUCGAAUCAGUCUCCUUUCUCCCCUGCCCCCUCUCCCUCACCCUCUCCACUGUUCGGAUUCAGGCCGGCCAACUUCUCCCCUAUUACUGCAUCGCCAGUCUUACAACACCGGAGACACCGGCAGCCCAGUGGUACAGGGGGAGGAGGGGGAGGGGGGAGUAAACCAAUAACCCUAGCAGGAGCAGGUGAAAGGGAGAGACAUGUUUCGGGCAUCCAGCCCUCCUUCCCCAGUAAUCUGACAUUUACAGUCCCCAUGAGCCCCAGCAAGAGAAAAUCAGAUGUACCCCUUCCACCACCCCUUCCCUCACACCACCACGAUUACACACCCAAAACAGAGCUGGAGCUGGGAGACCUCAACAACUCCUUUAGAGUGCUCUCGCCCCAUACACCAGCAUCACAUUCCCGGACACAUACACCCACCCUUUCCCAGCUCAAAGGACUGAGCACACCAUCUUCUAGCAGGCCCCCAUCAUCUGCUGCUGCCUCUCCUCCUCCUCUGCUGGCGUCGGCAACUCCUCCUCCUCUCUCUACCGACGGAGGGCCUCGUCGAGUGGUCCCUAUACCCCAGCAGACUUUGCGGGACUCCCCUGUCAUUGUUCGAAAUCCUGAAGUCCCUCUAGCAAAAUUCACUGAGUCUCCCUUAGAGAGAGCAGGAGGGGGUAGAAACGAGGCGGCUAUAGAUAACACCCCACCUAAAGACGUUGCUUUAACCUCCCUUACCCCUCAACCUGUCACGGGCCUCCAGGUUCCUGUCCCCAUUAAUGCUGCUGCAGCCACAGUGCCCAAUGGUACUGUCUUCUUGCGGAGCCCAGCCCAAACUUUGGUACUUGUUUCCCCGACACCUUCCUCCCUACCUUCCGCUGACCCAACUGCUACCCCCCUCCAAGCCCUCUCAGUUACUGUCAGCACAACAGUGACAGCUUCUGCUCCGAGUAGCACGGACAGCUCUGCAGAACGAGAGGACAACAAGUGCACCGGGUUUGGUGGGGAGGUCCAGCAGCCAGUUCCCUGUCACCCAUCUCCCACAGCUCUACUCCCCCUGAUCCUACCAGCAGAAAGUCUUCACCCUGCCCCUCGAAAGGACAUUAUCAUGGGACGUCCUGGCACAGUGUGGACCAAUGUAGAACCACGGUCAGUUCCAGUCUUCCCUUGGCAUUCAUUGGUUCCUUUUCUGGCACCCACCCAGUCAGAUGCUCAGUCUCAUCUUGGUGAGGGCCAUCACCCUGUCAACCACCCUCAAGCAACCAGUCUAAAGACAGAUUGUCAGGGGGUGGCAGCGCUGUCACAGGAGCCUGUAGAGGCACCUCUGACUGUAGAGAGAGGUACCCCCUCCAGGCCUCCCCCUUCAUCUGACGAGCCUCUCCCAGAGAAGGAGAAAGGAGAUGCAGAGAGGGAGAGGCCUGACAGUGAAACUGAGAGUGAUGUAGAUGACCUCUUCCUCCCAGGAGUUGUACCAGAGCAGCCUCUCUCCACAUCACCAGUAAAGCGACGUACUCAGUCUCUCAGUGCGCUGCCCAAAGAUGGAGACAAGAACAGUCCAGGAAAGAGGGAGAAGGAUCACAUCCGCCGACCAAUGAAUGCAUUUAUGAUUUUCAGUAAGCGCCAUAGAGCAUUAGUGCACCAGCGGCAUCCAAACCAGGACAACAGGACAGUCAGCAAGAUUCUUGGGGAGUGGUGGUAUGCUCUGGGACCUAAAGAGAAACAGAAGUAUCAUGACUUGGCCUUCAAGGUGAAAGAGGCCCAUUUUAAAGCCCACCCAGACUGGAAAUGGUGCAACAAAGACAGGAAGAAGUCCAGCUCUGAAGGUCGAGGUGUCCCAGGAAACAAAGAUAUCAGAGAAAGAAGCAUGUCCGAAUCAACAGAGCCCCAUUCUGUGGAGAUGAAGGGUGUGAGUCCAGGUCUGGUGGGUGUAUCAGAGAGGAGCACAGGAGAGGGGCAUGUUGGUCAGCUUACUCGGCCCCGAGCCUUUUCCCAAAGUGCCAUGCACAGCCUGGAGCGGGGCGACAGGGGUAACACUCAAGCUCUGACAGAACUGGCCCAGAUGUGUGGGGACAGUGGGAGUCAGUUUCCCAGCCAUGCUUCUGCACCCUCUCAGACUCAGCGGGCGGUCAGUGAGGAUAUGACCAGUGAUGAAGAGCGUAUGGUCAUCUGUGAGGAGGAAGGAGAUGAUGAUGUCAUUGAGGACCCUUAUGCCACCAGCUCCAUAGACCUCAAGUGUAAGGAGCGUGUGACUGACAGCGAUAGUGAGAACGGUUCUGGAGAUGAAAAUGAUCAAAAGAGGGUAUUUGCACCGGUCAUCUGUUCCACUGCAUCAUCGUCUUCCUCACACCAUACCCCUCAUGGCAGGAGUGUCUCACUUUCCUCUUUUCCCAGCAGCAGGCGUUAUGAGGGGAGAUCUGGAGUGGGAGGGUUUUCAGACCACAGUAGAAAGGAAAGAAGUGAUGGAGAGAGUAAAGACACUUUUGUGAGUGAGGGAGGCAGCAAUAUGCAGGCCUCUUCCCUCUCUGUCUCUUCUGGUCAACCACUCAAAUCCACUUCUCCAGCUGGACGGCUUCCAUCCUCAUCAGUAGGUUCAUUUGGAGCGACCCAAGCUCUGGGCAUUGGUGCUGUGAGGGUGGCGUCUACAGUAGUGACAAAUGUGAUGCGUCCUGUUAUCAGCACACCACUUCCAAUCGCCAGCAAACCCAGAGAUGGCGGCCUUUCAUCAAGCCCGCAUCCUCCGGAGAGAAAGUCCCUGACUCCCCAGCAGCAGCCCCAAUUUCUGAUUGGUCCAGGGGCAGGAGUUGGGCCUCCAGCCACAGGGGGUGGGUACUACUCUUCAUCAUCACCAAAUCCUGUAGGUGCAGGUGGUGUAGUGACUAAUUUAUUGUUAGGAGGGGCUCUGCCUGCUCAAACAGCUGUGCAGCUCAUCACCCCUUCCCCUCACCCUCAGUCAUCCCAUCAGCAGGCUCUUCCCUCCACAGCUGUUUCAGCUUCACACAGCCAAACCAAUGGCCCCCUACCCCUCCUUCAGCCCCAGUUCCUCCCAGGCUCCUCUUUGGGACCCUCCGGGGGUAAGGCCAUCACACAAGUUCAGUACAUCCUGCCCACCCUACCUGCCAGCACCAACUCCAAAAGUCCACCUCAGAAUCUCAGCCAGCCAACCAGUAUCUUCAACCUACCCACAGCUCCACCAACACAUGUGUCCUUGGCCAAUGAAAAACAGCAGGGUGUCGGUUUACAAGCAGGAUAUACGUCCAGCCCUGCAGUGGGUCUGGUCAGCCCUGGAACAAGAGUGCAAACCCAGUCUCCAGCACUCCAGGGUAAAAUAGUUGUCCCCGUGGCAACAGUUCGGACGGCCCAAGCCCCUGCCCAGCAGUUUCCCCUUGUGGCUCCACCCCUUCCUAUCCAGAACGGUGCACAGUCCGGAAGCAAGAUCAUUCAGAUUGCCCCCAUGCCAGUAGUCCAGUCCCACCUGCCUCAGGGUGGAGCAGUACAUCCUGCCAGUCCCUUCCCAGUAACAGUGGGAACCGCAGCUGUGGUGGCACAAGGAUCUGCCCCCUCCCAGGCUGUACUUCUGCCGCCUGCACCUACUAGAAUUACCUACGUCCAGUCCACCCCGGGGGUCCCAUCCACUUUGCCUCUGGUCUCUACAACAACAGGCUCCUCUCCCACCCAGCAAACUCUACCAGUGCCUGGAUCUGCAUAUGUUCCCUCGCCCUUAGCAACACUUGGAUUUACAGCCAUUGCACCACCAGGACAGACACUGGUUCAGCCGCUGAUUGCAGGUCAGCCACCACUCCUCGCCACAGCUCAGUCCCCACAACCCUCCACCUCCGCCCCUGCCUCAGGCUCCGGGGGCCAGAUAGUCACCGCCAUUUACCCUCCAUCACCAAGUGUCACCAUGGCAACAGGGAUGGUCUCUAUAGCACCGGUGGCCCCCAGCGUAGUGUAUUCUGUCUCUAGCCCUUCAAGCGCUUCGCCACACAUCUUGCCGAAACACACAACUACCCCCUCAACCGUCACGCAUCUACAUCCGCAGCCCCACCCUGACCGACAGGCGGAUAGGCACCUGCCUCCGGACAGAUCCGCCGAUCGACAGAGCGACAAGCAGCCCGACAGGCAGGUGGACAUCCUGGCACAUUCAGACAGACAGGUUGAGAGGCAGACCACAGCCUCCAAUAGUAACAGCUCAGCAGCACCUCCUAGUGGCUCAGCUGUGUCCAUAAGGCCCUGUAGUCCGUCACUUCAGAUCCAAGCACCUGGCAGUACACCUAAGUUACCACAGCUACCAGUCAGGCUCCCUCAGAAAGUGAAAGCAACAGUAGCGACAAUCCCUGUUGGCAGCUAUGACGGAGGAGGCCGAGGAAAAGACAGGGAACGAGACAAAGAGAGGGAGAGGGAAAGAGAAGCAGCAGCCAACAGUCAUUUCUCCUUUGAGCCUAAACCUUCAGGGCACACAGGGUCUCCGUCAACACAUCCCACUGAGGAGCCGUCAUUCUCCGACAGACCCCUGGAGGGUUCCAGCAUUUCGGACUCCUCUGACACGAGGAACAGGGAAAGCACAACGACCAAAGAGGGUGGGUGGAAGGAGACUCUCCCCUCCUCUCCUCUCCCGCCUCCACCAACCACAGAACCGGCUCUGCCACCCCCACAGACUGACAAAGAUGGUCUCACACCCAAAAAGAUCAAAGCUCGCCCACCACCGCUCAAGAAGACCUUUGACUCUGUGGACAAGACUGGCAGGGUUCUUUCUGAGGUAUAUUUCGAGGAACGGUUUGCCGAGUUGCCAGAGUUUCGACCUGAGGAGGUUUUGCCUUCACCAACCCUGCAGAGUCUGGCCACGUCACCCCGCGCCAUCCUGGGCAGCUAUCGCCGCAAGAGGAAGAACUCAACAGAUUUGGACUCUGCGAAUGACGAACAAGCCUCUCCAAAGAGGAAGAGUCGGCGGCGUUCGAGCUGCAGCUCCGAACCCAACACGCCUAAAAGCGCCGCCAAAUGUGAAGGAGACAUCUUCACCUUUGACAGAGCAGCCACAGAUGGAGAAGACAUUCUGGCAGAACUGGAGUUUGAAAAGGUGCCGUACUCGUCCCUGCGAAGAACUCUUGACCAGAGAAGAGCACUAGUCAUGCAGCUGUUCCAGGAGCAGGGCUUCUUUCCAUCAGCUCAAGCCACUGCAGCAUUCCAGACGAGAUACUCCGACAUAUUUCCCUCCAAGGUGUGUUUGCAGUUGAAGAUCAGGGAGGUUCGGCAAAAGAUCAUGCAGACAGCAGCACCGUCUGACGUCACUGCUUUAGGCCCGUCGGACUCAGCUUCAUCGGCUCCAGGACCAUCUGGCUCCCGGUCUGGGGAGGGAUCUGGGAAAGGAGGUGGAGAACUGCAGGAUGAAGAAGUGGAACAGGGAACAGAUGUGAGUCCAGAGGAGCUUCGUGAGUCACAGGAAUCUUCUAGAUGAGCGGUUUGGACAAGUUAGGUUGACCAGUCAGUAACAUCUCAUCACACGUUCUUCCACCCCACACUUAUCCAUAUCCAACCGGAUUGAGAGCUUUCUGUUUGCAGUAUUUGGACUUUUUGUUUUGGUAACGUGUGGCCCUCGCACCAAAAACACGAACCUUUUAAAAACAAGUGACACAGACAGGACCACGUACACAAACUGUUCAUUCCCAGACUUGAAUCAGCACUCUGUAUUAACCACCUCAGAGAAAGACCGAUGCCAGUGAUCGAAGGACCAUCAUGUACAGCUGCACUCAUUUGCCUUGAAGAUGAAGCCGUUCCUGCUUCGGACAGACAAAUCCGCUUAGGCUGGAACGGCGAACGGUUAGCAUUUUUAAGAGGUAGUGUAUCUAUGUUUUGAUAUUUGUUCUGUUUUUAUUCAUUUUAGGACAGUGCAGGCAGUAGGUGUCUGCUUAAGAAACAACAUGUAUGUAUACGUCUCUGUUGUAAGCUUGUGAUUUGUUUCUGCUGACGUUCGGGGGCUGGGCCCUCAGCAGCUGGAAACGAUGCAAUGCGACGUGAUUGGAAAAAAUAGUCAUUGCAGUGGACCUGGAGAGAUCAUUUUCUCAUCUGUAGACCUUCAGAGGAGGUUUACCCGGAGUGACUCAAAGAUAAUCAGAAGCUUAACGUAGACGUCUGGCAGUGCCAUCAUUCCCGCAGAUACCUGACCAGCCAGGUUGUCCCUUCUAGCGACUGACCCAUAACACAUGCCAGUAGCUGGGAAGUGAGCAUUCCUUUGCCUCUUAAUUGUUUGCCAUGAAGGAAGGAGGAGGGUCAGAGUCACCGGGCACAUCCUGGCUCUUAGACGUAGAGGUCGGGCUGAAAAGGUCCUUAAUCCUCUGUUGCCAAGCAGUUUACUUACUUCUCUUUUUAUAUUUUGAUUUAUAUUUAACAUUGUCAUACUCAGUUUGUUGUACUACUCUUACGGUUAUUACUCCUCAUAUGAUUAAAGUGAAUCAUUGUCUGUAUUUCUGGUUUCUUUUCUCCUGGCAGAUUUUUCUUUAGUUGCUGCCAACAUUAAAUUUCUUCUUCUCUUCUCUUCUGUUUUUCUUUUUUAAAUGUAUAAUUUUGGAGGCAGGUGAGACAUGCUGCUCCAUGUCUGUACAGUUUCUCCAUUGUAGUCUUCCCUUGGCUGGCCUCUCACCUCAGCAAGGACCUGCAGUGCAAUUCUUUUUAUCCAUUUCAAACAGGAAUACAAACACAGCGUGGACCUUUUUAUGUCGUUUCUGCAGUAACAAGUCAUUUGUUUUUAGAAGACCCUCGAUGCCUCCUACCCUUCCUAUAGCCUCAACGGUUGUACUUCUCUUUCCUCCACCUCUGUGCUCCCCUCCUUCCUCCUUUUGUCACUUUAUUGCUCUCUGCUGACCCCCUUUUCAGAAGGGUGGAGGCAAAAAAACAGGGAAGUGAAGGGAGGGAUCAAAUCAAAGACAUAAUACUGGUUGUGUCUUUGUGCAAGACUUGGUUGUGUUGUAAAUAAUUACUGUAGAGUCAGUAGACUCAUUAUUGAUGGCAAAUGAUUAUUGGCAAAGCAAUCUGUCAUUGAGCAUAUGUUGGCUUUUAUCAUUAUUGAAGAAAAAAUAUUAAAUGGCAAAAAAAAAAAAACAAUAAAUAUGACUUGAUGUUG